AUGGGAGACCUAUGGCUGCUCCUGCUCCUGCCCCUGUCCCUGGCAGCCUUCCAUGGCGUCAAAGACUGCUUGGAAUGUGACCCCAAAUUCACAGAAGAUAUUAGGUCCUUGCUGGGAAAGCUGGUUCCCUCAGAAGUCCCCGGCCGAGUUCAUCUGCUUGAACGGCAGAUUAAGGAGAUGAUUCAUUUAAGCUUCAAGGUCUCCCACAGGGACAAGAUGCUUCGGGUGUUGGCUGUUCAUAAGGUUAUCAAGUUGAGAAUAUGGCUGAAGAACGAACUUUAUAAACUGGGCAAUGAAACAUGGAAAGGUGCCCUUAUCCUUCAAGGCAAGCUUCUCGAUGUCCGCCAAAACCUGCAAUCCAAACUGAAAGAGAUAUUAAAGAACUUCUCUGAAAUUGCUUGUUCUGAAGAUUGUGUCGUGACUGAAGGUCCUAUCCUGGAUUGUUGGACCUGUCUUCGCAUCACCUCCCAAUGCUUCAGAGGAGAGUAUUGUGGAGAAGAGGAUUCAAAGAAGGUUGAGAGUCGAGAGAUUGCAUUAUUUCUGAUAUUGCUAACAGAAGUUGUGAUGUUGGGAAGUGCUUUGUUACUAUUCCAUAUUUGCGUGUCUCAUCGGAGGAAAAUGAAGGCGAUACGAAAGUCAUUAAAGAAAUAUUUGGAGAAGAAACUUGAAGAAUUAAUGGAGAGGAUAGAUUAGAAGGAGAAGCAUGAUUUUGAAAUAAGAUAAUACAUGGACACAGACAGAAGGUCUUUCACAAUUCUCUUA